AUGUGGACGAGAUAUCAGAUUACACGCCUGCAAUUCUUGCCGUCGCCGCAAGAUCAAAUGCGACGCGGCCGUCUCAGAGGACUCACAAAGAAUAACCCUCGGCUCUUUUGGAAGGACCAUGAGCAUGAAUACCCGGUUCCUGCAAAGCUUACACGAGAUAUCCUAUCUGCUCCAGCAAGUGGAGCUGGCGUUGAACGACUCUUUAAUUCUGCUCGCGAUAUAUGCCACUAUCGCUGGGGGCAAUCAAAACCAGAUACAAUCAAGGAUCUUAUGCUCCACCUCUUCUCAUCUGAGUUUGACCUUGAAAGAGGCGAACUAGAGAUGGUCAAAGAGGAUCUCUCUCCCGGAGAGGCCGCUAUAGCUGAUCAAACAAGAAAGCCUGUUCCAACGCUUGAUGAGCUUGAACCAGUCAGUGACAAUGAAAAGGAGGGCUACGAAGUAGUUAACUUAUCUGAUGAUUCAGAUGAUGAAUCAGAUAAAGACCACGCGUUGACUCCCACACAGAUCACAACCCAGGGCAAGCACACACAAUGCAAGCGGCCUCGUAGUGCCGAUGAGUCUCCAGAGGAUAGUGAUAAUGGCCUGUCACUACCUGAAAUGCCAAUCAAAGAGUGCACGCAGGGGCGAUCGGGGAGGAUUCGAAAGAAGCCAAAAUUGCCAGAUGGAUUUGAGAUUGAUAGACUGUAA